UGAGGAAGCAACACUUGAAACCUCAAUAUCAAACCGGAUAAAAACCUUCCAAAUUUGCCUCUCUUUCACCACGAAUCGAACAAUACAGAAGGAUUAUCAAUUUAUAGUUUCACAUCUGCAACGCCUACAGAUAUUCGAUCAUAGUCAAAUACCAUGGAGCUAACACAUCUCUUUACACACCUCACAGUGUCUUUGCAUGCGAUGUAAUCAAGAAGAUGGAGGAGAUAUGUAGAGUCAAGUAACUUGGAGGAGCAACUUAGUUUUGGUUUGUACCGAAUUAAAAAUCUGUUGGCAAUCGCACAUUUUUAUUUGGACUUAAAAUCACGCGGUAUUCAAAACUGUCAGUGACUUCAUACAAUACACCACUAUUUAUCUUUCGGAACUUACUUUUGGAAUAUAGACAUCUUGAAGAGAUUUGAUUUCACGUCGGAGGAGUUUCGUUGGAAAGAUGAUGCAAGGACACGCAAAGGGUCUUUCAUGCUGGUGUCUCUUGACGGUGAUAUGUCUGUACGUAGCUCAGACAUGUUCUGCAGACAAUGUAGGAUGGAUGGUAGCAGCAGACACACCAAAUCCAGAUUCAUCAGUGGAGGACUUUUUAGGCCGUUUCCGCAGGCAAACAACCUCACCAGUGCUUCCUAAAAUAACGAUGUUCCAUGUGGAGUCAAAGGUUGCUGUCCGCUUUGCAAGUACUACCAUCAGAACCAACGUAAGGAACGUAGCAACAAGAAAUCAAGCCGUAUCAUUCGAUUUGCUCCUUCCGCUCAAAGCAUAUAUCUCAGACUUUACAAUGGUUGUCGAUGGCGUUUCAUACCCUGGCCAAACGGUAGAUAGGUGCAUCCUGGAGCAGAAUUUGAGAUCAUCCGAUGUCCCCAUAGCAACCAUCGAUAAAUACCAAUAUACCGCUGGGGGUGAAUACACACGUAAUGUCUUCACAGUAAAGACAAAUGUCCCAAGAAAGAAAUCAGUGAAGGUGACAAUAGUCUAUCAAGAACUACUUGAAAGGCAGGCUGGUUGGUACACUCAGAGGAUUAGCGUGAGACCUUCUCAGGUUGUCCGGAAUAUGAGAAUCUUUGCCUCUGUUACUGAGCCACAAGGUAUCAUUCGAUCAGAAGCUGGUUUCGAUACAAGAACUCUUGCGUCUUCACUAACCUCUCUGGCAGUUGAUAGUAUCAGCUCAGCGGCAGUCUCUACUGCCAGAAGUUAUAGCGGAAGGGUGUAUGACUUGAUGAACUACACCCAGACGAGUGCAGCAGGUUCAUCCUCAUCUUCAUCGUCAUCAGGCUCCUCGGCAUCGUCAUCAUCAUCUGGAUCUUCCUCAGGUGCAUCGUCGGGCUCGUCAUCAGUUCAUAGCUGGUUCGUGGUGGCGUAUGAACCCAGUGAAGAUCAACAAAACCAAUAUAGGAAUUAUUAUAACAAGGAAGGGAUCUAUGGUGACUUUAUAAUCCGGUACAACGUAGCACCCCGAGGGGGAGUUGGGUGGGUGCAGACGGAUGGACCAAACUUCAUCCAUCGCUUUGCACCUCGUUCAUUGGCGCCAGUCAACAAAAGGGUAGUAUUCGUUCUGGAUUUCAGCGCCUCAAUGUACCCUAGGAAACUGCGUCAGACAAAAGCAGCCAUGAAUUCAAUCUUGGAUCAGAUGAGUGAGAAUGACCAGUUUAAUAUCAUGCCCUUCUCUGAUGAUAUCUAUCGAUGGAAAGAAAAUGAAAUGGUCACAGUUACUCCGGAAUCGGUCACCGAAGCGAAGGAAUAUAUCAGGCUGUUUAAAUACAAAAGAGGAACAAAUCUCAAUGAUGCUAUGCUACAAGGAUUUAGGCUCUUGGAAGCAACAGGUUCAAUGGAUUCUAGUAGUGAGAACCCUAUGGUGUGCAUCCUUUUCUUGCUCACUGAUGGCAAACCUUCGAGCGGUACCACUGACCUUAACGUCAUCGAAAGCAACGUCCGAGCAGCCAACAACAGAAGAUGUUCCCUGGUCACUCUUGGCUUUGGCAAGCUGGUCGAUUUUAAUUUCUUGGGUCGUCUUGCGUUGCAGAAUCGAGGGAUUACCAGAAAGAUUUUUGAGUCAUCUUCAGCUACAGUUCAGCUGCAAGGUGUGUACAACGAGGUCGCCACUCCGCUCCUCUUCGAUAUCGUGGUUGAAUACCUCAACAAUGCCGUCCUUGGACAGUCAUUAUCAGCAAGCAAUUUCUCCAAUUAUUACAACGGUUCAGAAUUGAUCAUUUCCGGUAUUCUUAGCGAUGAAGAUCUCGGAAUACUGCCAAUCAGAAUCACAGCCGUCGGAUCCGAUGGCCCUAUUACUAUUGAGGAAGACGUCGACUUAAGUAACAAUCAAUUGCUCCGCGGUGAAAAUAUACCUACGGACUUUACGGAACGCACAUACGCAUUUCUCUUAGUGCGCGAGCUUUUCGAUAAGUUCACGCUAGCCAACGAUGCCCAGGAGCGGGAAGCAAUCAUAGCCAAGACACAGGAGAUAUCACAGCGAUAUAAUCUGCUGACUCCUAUCAUGUCCAUGGUGCUCACCCGCUCAGGGGCCUCUGCUGGCUCCGGAAGGGGAGAUGGAACAGUUGGGGACGACAGCAGCAUCAUUCUCAGCAAUGGGAACACCAUAACAGCGAGUCGUCCUGAUGGGUACGUUUGGGAUAUCUUGGGACCAUCCUAUGGCAACAUCGGCCAACCAGGCAGUGCCAUAGGAAUCGGAGCAGCAUCGUGUCCAGUGAUUCCAACACCAGCAAUGUCGACAACACCGUCCCCUACCACAACCACUCCACCUCCAACAACCACGACACCACCGACAACUACAACCCCGCCGACGACUACGCCAAUCCCUACCACCACAACGCAGCCGACUACCACCCCAGUCCCUACUACAACUACUUUGCCAACAACUACACCUUCUCCAACCACAACGCCAAUGCCUACUACAACAACACCAAUACCAACGACCACAACACCUGUACCAACUACCACAACACCUGUACCAACGACCACAACACCUGUACCAACGACCACAACACCGAUCCCUACUACAACCACAAAACCUACAACUACACCUAUUCCUACCACAACCACGCAACCUACAACAACACCUCUGCCUACAACUACCACACCCCUACCUACAACAACCACGCCCAUGCCUACUACUACCACCCCUUUGCCAACAACUACGGAAGAACCUACUACAACAACGAUGCCGACCACGACAACUAUUCAAACUACUACAAGAAGGACAACAACCCCCAGGCAGCGUCAACCGAAAGGCCCUGUGUCGCUGACUCGAUACUAUGUAGAAUCUGAUACAACUGAGCGCUAUACACGUACAUCUGUGACAGCUUCGUACAUUCACAGUAACCAACAAGACCAGGUUAUCGAAUUCAGUCAGCAAAUACCAAGCAAAGCUUUCAUAUCAAAUUUCUACGUAGAUGUCGGUGGUCGGAGAUACAGGGGCGUUGUCCAAGAUAUCCAGGAGGAUAACUGGCAAGAAGUAUUUGCUAGCAAUAGUGACAGAGGGCAGGUUGUCGCAUUUCUAGCGCGGCGAGAUCCUGCCAAAGAUGCGUUUGUCAUGUCAGUCCCCGACGUAGCACGUGAUACACCUGUCACCUUUGUUCUCAUUUACGACCAACUCAUGGAUAAGGUCAGAGGUCAAUAUCAACAACGAAUCAACGUUAAUCCUCGCCAAAUAGUUGAUGAUUUGGGUGUCGACGUUCAAGUAACCGAACCGCAGAGGAUCAAGAAUAUAUCCGCUGCUUUCCAAGGUAAACCGGCCGCAGCACCAAGUGAUGUCGACCUAUCAAAGGAUCUGGUUAGAGAAAGCAAUUCUCGAUAUAAGUUCCGAUAUAUGCCGACACCGAACGAGCAACGUGACGUUUCAGACGAUGGCGUAGAUGGUGACAUCGUUUUGACGUACACCUUAAUGGACACACCAACUGGAAGUCAUACACAGGUUCAAAACGGCUACUUCGUCCACUUCUAUUCACCAAUUGGACUAGAUGUCAUCAGCAAACAAAUCGUAUUUGUCAUUGACGUCAGUGCUUCAAUGUACGGUACCAAGCUAAGUCAGACCAAAGAAGCAUUGAAGACCAUGUUAGAUAACCUAAACCCGACUGACUACUUCAAUAUCAUUACCUUCUCAGAUGGUGUCCAAUAUUGGCGAGAAAAUAACCGUCUUGCUCCAGCUCAGAGACGGUACAUUGGCGACGCCGUGGCAUAUGUUGACAGUCUGCGAGAUGACUCUGAAACAAAUCUUAAUGAGGCCAUUAUAAAGGCGGAUGAGCUUCUGGACAGUGAAGCCCGUUACAAUCGUCCUGAUGAUAACUUCUAUAGCAUGAUGAUCCUACUGACCGAUGGAAGACCUUCUGUUGGAACAACAGAUCAACAGGAGAUCUUGGACAAUGCACGUGAUGUCAUCAACGGCAAGCAUUCUCUCAACAUUCUUGGCUUUGGCCGUCUGGUCGAUUUCGAUCUCCUUGUCAAGUUGGCAUACGAAAACAACGGCACGGCGAAGAUGAUCUACGAAGGUACCACUGCUGCGGAGCAACUCCGAGAGUUCUACUUCGAACUCUAUCGUCCUCUUCUCUUUGAUGUGACAAUGGAGUAUCCUGGCGGAGUAGCGGAUGGACGUACGCUGACUAAAAGAACAUUCCCUGUUUAUUACGAUGGCUCUGAAAUGGUCGUGGCCGGAAAAUUGAGUGAAGAUCCACCGUCCGAUAUUUUGAGAGGAACAAUCGACCUCAAGUCUGACCAAGGACCAACAAGAAAGUAUCUCUCCAUUGAUACAACGCAAACAUCGCCAGAGCUCGGUCAAUCACGGGCAGUUCCAGAUGUUGUCCACCGAAUCUGGGCCAUGAAGAAACUUGAAAACCUGAUAAAGGAUUUUGGAAAAAGUACCGAUCCUAAUGAGAGAUACACUAUUGCUGAGGAAAUAAUUAAACUCUCCAAAGAAGAAAACUUUGUGACCCCACUGACUCCAAUGACCAUCGUAGAUCCAGCAACUGGCGAUUCUAUGGAUGGAACCGAAGGCUGGAUGCCAUUGCCUGCUUACAGCAGAGCAAACACAGAGCGAAAUUUGCUAAAGGAGGCUAUUGGAAAGGACCCCACAGAUGUAACUCCAAAGAUUCAUGAUGCUCCCUUAGCUGUAGAAAGUGAUGAUGGUAUCAACAUUGGUCGCUUCGAGGUAGAUUCUGUCAUUGUUCUCCGAUAUGCGAGCACUGAAAUCGAAAGCGAGAUGGUGAACGAGGCCCCAACCACAGGACAGGCUGUCUUCAAGCAGAAGGUUCCUUCUAAUGCUUUCAUCACCGGCCUUAAAAUGCGUCUAAAUGGCCGGACAUAUACAAGUGACGUAACGGAUCCACAAGACACUGCUGGUCUUGGACUAGGAAUCCUAGAGAUUGGACCAAGUGGAGGAAUACUAUCACCUCUCGACCUAGAAAACAACAUCUUGGUGGUUUCGGUUCCAGUAGACCCAAGCAACUCUGUAACAUUCACUCUCACCUAUGAAGAGAUGCUCCAUAAAAGACUAGGCGCCAUCGAACAAAAGAUCGGAAUCUUCCCUGGAGAGAUUGUCGACAUCAUGACACUCCGGACAACGGUCAUCGAGCCCCGAGGAUUCGAGCACAGCAAAGCCUUCUUCGUUGACCAGUCCGACCCAACAACACCGAUAUCUCUAGACAACUUUAUCACACAGCCCAAUGAUGCACGAUGGGAGGUGAUGUAUGCACCAGGACCUCGUGAGCAGACUGCAGCAAGUCCAAAUGGUUUCAUGGGAGAUUACACUAUUCAGUACGGUGUCAGCAGCGAAAACAAUGGCAACGAUAUACAGGUAUUCGACAACCACUUUGUCCAGUUUUUCUCGCCAUCCGACCUCCCCGUUCUUCGUAAGAACGUGAUCUUUAUCAUUGAUGUAAGUGGUUCAAUGGCAGGAACCAAGCUGCGUCAGGUGAAGGACGCCCUCACCACGAUCCUCAAUGACAUGCCCGAGACUGACAAGUUCAACAUCAUUCCAUUCUCCGACGACGUCAAUUUCUUAGACCGAAACAAGAUGCUCUUCUCUACAAGCUCAAAUAUAAGGAGAGCUAAGCGUUUCGUCAACUCUUUGCAAGAAAGAGACAAUACAAAUCUAUACAAGGCCAUUAUCGCCGGAGUUAGGAUGCUCCGUACCGAGAGCGAUCGGGAUGUCGGACCUAAUGAAAACAUCGUGUCCAUGCUCAUCGUCCUGUCCGAUGGAAACCCAAACCAUGGUGAGAUUGAUAAGGAGAUCAUUGAAAGAAACGUUGAAGAAGAAAUCGGAGGGGAUUUCUCGCUCUUUAACCUGGGAUUCGGCGAGGACCUGGACUUCCCAUUUCUGGAGCGUAUGGCAUAUCAAAAUCACGGCGUAGCAAGGCAGAUACCCGAACGAGCUGAUGCAGGGAAGCUUUUGGAGAACUUCUACUUCGAAGUAGCCACGCCCCUUCUCCGUGACGUAGAAUUCCAAUACUCGCGAGGAAUAGAAUACAAUUCUCUGAGUGAUAGGAUAUUUUCCAACUACUUUAAUGGAUCUGAGCUUGUUAUUGUGGGUAAACUGUUGCCCAAUUACCGAUAUAGUACGCUUUCUUCCUAUACGUAUGCCAGAACAUCAUCAGAUGACAUUACCUUCAGGAGCAGAGGGGACACGAGGGUGCCUGACAGAGCCUUGCUCGAUCUCGAUGUCCCAGAAGGAAUCAUUGAGAAGAUUUGGGCUAAUUAUAUUAUCCAAUCACUUCAACAAAGACUGAAACUAAGUGAAAUAACCCCUGAAUUUACCAUGUCAGAUGAUGGAGAAAUUAGAGACAUGUCUGUUGAAUACAGCUUCUUUAAUCCAUACACUGCGUUAUUAGUUAGAGGGCAGGCGGAUUCCACCAAUGAGGCCUAUCCAUUCGCAAUGAGAAUCAUUGCAUCACCUCUACCCCGACCGGUCAGGGAGACCCUCAAUCAAGAAUUCGUAAUGGAAACGCCAUCAGCUACAUCAAUCCCAGAUACAGAAGGUCCCUUACUUAAUACCAUACACAUACCAGAGUUGGCUCUUCAGGUAUGUCUAGAGGAAGAUCCAUGGGUGAAUGACGAACUUGUUCUACUGGAAGACAAUGUGAAUGGUGUCCAUGUCAUUGGAAGAAUUGGCGGUGACGAGGUUGAUUUCGACGGUUACAUCUCCGACCGUACUUUCAUCGAGGACAUCGUUGUGACGUUGGGUUCGCGAUCGAAUGCAGAACACGAACUCCGCUUCACAUCCCGCGGAGUGAACGUGGAUACCAACCCACAGAUAAGAUGGUCUGGCGAUUUGGAAUCUUCCCUCGAAUUCGGUGUCCAUCAAGUUGAAGUGAGCGGGAAGAUAGCCAUAGUGACCUUGAGCAGGGGAACGUCCUUUGAGAUCACUGGAAACAGAUUGGAAGCCAACCUGGAAGGAAAUCGACCUCUCGGACUAUCAUUUGACUUGUUGAACCCAGUUGGUUUGUCUCCGGAUAUAACCGGCGUCAUAGGUCAGUAUCAGAAAGCUCGUGUAGUCAUCCAAGACCCUACAGCAAGUCAACAACCAGGAGUAUCACCUAAUGUGUGCAAUGUACCAAGCAUUAUGAGUCAGGCAGUCAGAGUCAGACUGGUUUGGCGCCAAAAUUGGACUCCAGAAUCAGACGCGAUCUGUGGACAUUGAACAUUAAAUCUGUUCAAGAUGAAGGGAAUUUGAUUUGGGGUUACUUUUCACAAGACGAUUGAACUUGUACAGAAUUAUUAUUACUCAAAUUUACCAGGAAAACAAAUUAUUUCACCAAACAAAAGUAUCAAGGAGAAAUUCCACUCACACACACAUAUUUACGUGCUAGUGGCGCUUGGAAAUAGAGUGUAUUUUAUAAAGCGCUAUACAAAUGCAAGUUAUUGUUAUUAUUACCAUAUCUUGCAUAUGGAACAAAAUAAUCUUAAGAGUUGUCUUUAAUUUCUCUGGCUUACAAGUAGUUUUCGUAUAAGAGCCGUGCAUUAAAGAAUUGUUAAAUGAACACUGGGGCAUGUAAAAUAUCUUGAAGUGUAAAUGUAAUUCCAAUAAAAUUAAGUAAUAUUAUUUUUUAUGCAUUUACUAACAAAAUCUGUUGUAAUCUAUGGGUCGUAUAAUCAUGUUCAAGUAUCACUCUAAAUUCAAAGGAUUUAAAAUGAAUCAAGAUCGGCUGGGAAUAGUGACCAACUGAAUCGAUUUUUUUUA